AUGAAUAACCAGUUCAUGAAUGUUCCUAUUAAGAAGGCUGUUUAUGCGUCAAGUGUGGUGGAAACGGGAGAAAACAACCCGCACAGCGGUGGUCAGGGUGCCAAUAGCCAGUGUACCAAUAACCAAUAUGCCAAUAACCAAUAUGCCAAUAACCAAUAUGCUAAUAACCAAUAUGCCAAUAACCAAUAUGCCAAUAACCAAUGUACCAAUAACCAGUGUGCAAAUAAUCAGUAUGCGAACAGCCAACACGGGAACAACCAAUUUUCGCAUAACCACUGCAACAACGCGCCGCACCCCAACGCGCCCAACAUCAAUUACAACUGCCCAUACCCAAACAUGCACAACUACCAGCACCAAUACCCCAUGGGCCCGCCCCAGCAGCAAAUGCACAUGUUUACGAAUGACUGGAAGAGCAUCCUGGCGCCCUUAAAAAGUUGCAGAAUCAAGCAACAAUUUGAUGACAGAGAAUUUCUAGCUGACUUCGCCAUGGGACUGAAAUUAGACUUUAACAAUAGGUACUUAGUGCUAGAUGCAUCCACCGAACUUCUUAAAUUCACAGCCAUUGAAAGUUCAGACUGUUGCAAUAGGAACUGUUUGCCCAAAAUGUGUAUUCCCAUAAAUAUGAAAAUAUUGACCUAUGGAAAGGAAUUAAGUCGGCCUGACAUUAUGGUCGAGAAGGACUGUUCGUGUACCAUGUUGUGCUUAAAUAGGCCAACGAUUAAAAUGUAUGAAUUUUCAAACAAUAAUAAUAAGGAGCUAGUAGGGACGAUAAAAGCUCCCUUCAGUUGUUGUUCAUACAAAUUUGAUUUAUAUGAUUCCGCGAUGAGGAAGAUUAUAUACAUGGAUGACACAUGUUGCCAGCUCAGUAUUUUAUUCCCCUGUCCAUGUGGUCCUUUUAAAUUUAGCAAUUUUUUUUUGCGAGAUGCAAAAACAAAUGAGAAGGUUGCUCAUUUGCAGAAGGAAGUUCCCUUCUUGAAAUUUGUAAAACGGGACAUCGACAACUAUACACUCAACUUCGAGGAGGUGAAGAACCCCGAGUGGAAGAUGAUGCUCCUGGCCUUUUCGCUCUUUAUGGACUAUAUGUACUACGACAGGAAGUGA